UGGGCGCCGCCGCGGUCGCCGUUUGGGCUCCUCGAGGAAAUUUUAUUCGAGGACGAGUGGAAGCUUCUCACCGCGUGCAUGUUGUUGAACUGCACGACGCGGUUGCAGGUGGACCGCGCGCUGUGGCGGCUGUUUUUGUUAGCUCCCACGCCUGAGGAAGCGCGGAGGACCGGGUUGGACGCGAUCGAGGACGUGCUCGCGCCGUUGGGGCUGCAUCGCAAGCGCGCGAGGGCGUUCGUUCGACUGUCUGAGGACUACCUCGCGGCGACGAGACCGCGCGGGGAGGCGCUCGAAGCGAACGGCGGCGGCGGCGGCGGCGACGGAGGGCUUUUUUCGACGCGGACGAAGCUCGCGGCGCCCGCGGCGUCGCUCCACGGCGUCGGCGCGUACGCCUCGGACGCGCACGCGAUGUUCUGCGACGGUCUGAUGGGCGUCGCGCCUCGCGAUCACGCGCUGAGGUGGUGGUACGCGUGGGCGGUGGAGCGGAGAGAG